UGAACCCGGAUCUCGUUACAGCUGUUUGUCUGCUUUCGUUGUCCUGGAUUGCUUUUUCCGGCUAAAUCCUCGUCUGCCGGCCUGGGAAACACCCCCCGUUUGCUUCAACGACAGCUACCUCCAGCGAAACGCAGAUCUUUCAAAUCUGAGGUCAUCGCUAGAGGUAGUCACGGCCUACUGUGAGAAUAGAAGGAAUUCGAUUGUUGACCAUAUCCUGUUGUGGGAUUUCUACCGAACCUUGAACGACCGGGAAACCUGGAAACCCGCCACAGCGACCGCCCGAGAGUUGCUCUGAUUCCAUCGCUCAAGCCACCCUCAACCACUGGAAUUCUUAAAUCCAACCACCGGCGCCACCGCCAGCACGCACAAACCAUGGCGUCGACGUCAGACAUGCACGGUUCCUCGCCUGUCCCAACCCUGCCGCAUCCCCACGACAACGGUCGCUCGCAUAUGUCCUCACUUUCCUCAUCCUCAUCCAUCUCUGACGUCGAAACCGAACGAAGAGGACGAUCCGAACGCCCUCGCAUGGCCAGUCGAAAACCGAGUGCGUCCAUCCUUGUACCACGAGAUCACCCUGAAAUCGAGAUUGAAGAAGAGGAAUUCCCGCCCGACGACGCGCGCGCCAUGAGUCCCCGCCGAAAUUCCGCAGAUCUGGAGCGACUGGGCAAGGAGGCCAGGCAAACAUUACAGGAGCAAGCUAGGGCCCUUCAAUCCUCACUCCAAGCGCUAGCAGAACGCAUCGAAGCCGUGAAAUCCGAUCAUGACAAACUGGAGAGCGAAAACAAGUUCCUUCAGGAUUAUAUUGGUGGAUUGACCCGCAACAUGACCAAGACGGAAAUGGGACGGACGAGCACCAAAGUCAGAAAGGCGCAGAAAUAGCCACAAGAUCCCUGUUAUCGACCCUGGCUGUUUGGGACGGGUAAUGGUCGGGGCCUAGCUGCUGCUGCCACGAGACGGAUCGCGAGCGCUCGUUCAAAGCCACGAAGCUUCACAC